AUGGGGAGUAUAUCACUAGACAAAGAAGCAUUCCAUCGGAGGAUGGAGAAGAUCUAUUCUUCCUGGAAGCAUGAAAGAGAAUCAGGAACAGAAGGCCUUGGGAAGGUGGAUGCCAUUGUCGUUGCUGUUGGGGUUGAUGAGGAUGUCACCUAUAGCAAGUCAACUGCUCUGCAUUCCUGGUUGUUUGGAUAUGAACUCACAGACACUGUAAUUGUGCUCUGUGCAAAGGGGAUAUGGCUUUUAGCCAGUAAAAAGAAGAUAGAAUUUCUCAAAGGAAUAGAAACUAUGAAACAAGAUCCAGAUUCUGACCUCCCUUCUGUGAGGCUUUUGACUCGGGACAAGACUGACAAAGAUAAGGCCAAUUUUUCAAAGCUUCUGGAAGCCAUGAAAGCCAGCUACAAGGGGAAGACCUUGGGGACAUUUCUGAAAGACAAAUUCAGUUCAGAAUUCAUGGAUGCUUGGAGGGCUGUCCUACAAAAGGAAGGGCUUAACAAAGUUGACAUCAGCAGCCAAAUUGCAUAUAUUCUGGCUCAAAAGGAGGAUAAUGAAUUGAACACCAUGAAAAAGGCAUGCCAAGUUUCAAUGGAUGUGUUUAACAAGUAUCUCAAAGAUAAUAUCAUGGAGAUUAUUGAUGCUGACCGAAAAGUGAAACAUUCAAAGCUUGGCGAAGGUGUAGAUCAUGCAAUGGGUGACAAGAAGUACAUCUCUGGUGUUGACAUAUCUCAAGUGGAUAGCUGUUACCCGGCUAUAAUUCAAAGUGGAGGAGCAUACAGCUUGAAGUAUAGUUCCCUGAGUGACAGCAACCAUCUUCACUUUGGAGCUAUUGUGUGUUGCCUGGGGGCGAGGUAUAAGUCCUAUUGCUCAAACAUUGCUCGCACACUAAUGGUCAACCCCACUGAAGAGAUGCAGAAAAACUAUGAAUUCCUUCUUGAAGUAGAGGAAAAAUUGCUGGAAGCCCUGAAGCCCAAUACAAAACUGAAUGAAGCUUAUAUGUCAGUUGUUGACUUUGUGAAGAAGGAAAGACCUGACUUGGUUGAUAAGCUAGUGAAGAAUUUGGGAUUUGUGAUUGGCAUAGAAUUUAGAGAUGCAUCUCUCUUGAUCAGCCCUAAGUCCUCAGCUAAAAUUCAGAAAGGCAUGACUUUCAAUGUUCAUAUUGGCUUUUCUGAUCUAGAAAACAAAGAUGCUCCUAAGGAUGACCCAAAAGCAAAGAAAUAUGCUCUCAUGGUUGCUGACACUGUUGUUGCACAAGAGGAAGGACCUGCUGUUCUCUUCACAACAUCUAAGAAGAAGCUGAAAAAUGUGAGCAUUGUCUUGAAGGAGGAAGAUGAUGAUGAUGAUGAAGAAGAAGCAGAUAAAGAGAACAAACAAGAGUCAGAAAUUCUUGGCAGGGGACAUAGAACAGCUGUCAUUGAAUCCAAGCUCAGGCAAGAGCAGUCAGCUGAAGAGAAGCGAAAGCAACAUCAACGAGAACUUGCUCUAAAGCUGAAUGAGGUAGCUAGAGCUCGGCUUUCCCAGCAAACUGGCCAGGCAACUCAAGAAAAAGUGAGGAAGUCCAAUAUCUCAUACAAGUCAGCUUCCAACAUGCCUAAGGAGACAGAGAUUAAGGAACUAAAAAUUUAUGUUGACAGGAGGUAUGAAACUGUCAUCUUGCCUAUAUUUGGGAUCCCAACUGCAUUUCACAUUUCAACAAUCAGGAAUAUCUCUCAGUCUGUGGAGGGAGACUACAUGUAUCUGAGAAUCAAUUUCUUCCACCCAGGAGCAGCUCUUGGAAAAAAUGAAGGAGCUAUGUUUCCUCAGCCAAGUGCUACUUUUCUCAAAGAAAUCACAUAUCGAAGCCCUAACACCAAAGAACCUGGUGAGCUUGCUGCACCAUCUUCAAACCUGAAUGCAGCUUUCCGACUUAUCAAAGAUGUCCAGAAGCACUUCAGAACAAGGGAACAAGAAGAAAGAGAGAAAGAAGACCUUGUCAAACAAGACACACUAAUGGUGAACAAUAAUAAGAGCAAUCCAAAGCUCAAGGAUCUGUGCAUUCGACCAAGUAUCCUGAAUAAACGAAUGACUGGUUCUUUGGAAGCUCACACAAACGGCUUCCGUUACACAUCAGUUCGUGGGGAUAAGGUUGACAUUCUAUAUAAUAACAUCAGACAUGCUAUAUUUCAGCCAUGUGAUGGAGAGAUGAUAAUCUUGCUACAUUUUCACCUUAAGAAUGCCAUCAUGUUUGGGAAGAAGAAGCACAUUGAUGUGCAAUUCUAUACGGAAGUUGGUGAAAUCACCACUGAUCUGGGAAAGAAUCAACAUAUGCAUGAUCGUGAUGAUCUUGCUGCUGAGCAAGCUGAACGUGAAUUGAGGCAUAAACUGAAAAUGGCAUUUAAAACUUUCUGUGAGAAGGUGGAGAAUUUGACCAAAAAUGAAGUGGAGUUUGAUAGCCCAUUCAGGGAAUUGGGUUUCCCCGGUGUCCCAUUCCGAUCCUCUGUCUUGUUGCAACCCACCUCAAGUUGCUUAGUGAAUCUCACAGAGUGGCCUCCAUUUGUUGUAUCUUUGGAAGAUAUGGAGCUGAUUCAUUUUGAAAGAGUGCAGUUUCAUCUCAAGAACUUUGACAUGGUAUUUGUUUUCAAAGACUACAACCGCAAAGUGGUCAUGAUCAAUGCUGUUCCCAUGAACAUGCUUGAUCAUGUGAAAGAGUGGCUGAAUUCAUGUGACAUACGUUACACUGAGGGGACUCAAUCUCUUAAUUGGAAUAAAAUCAUGAAGACCAUUGUUGAUGAUCCAGAUGGUUUCUUUGAAAAUGGAGGGUGGACUUUCCUUGAUCCUCAUUCUGAUGCAGAAGAUGAAGAUGAUGAUGAAGAUGAGGAGGAUGAAGAGUUCAGAAUGAGUGAAAGUGAAGAAGUUGAAGAAUCAGAUGAGAGUGACAGCAACUAUUCAGAAGUAUCAGAGAGUGAAAGUGAGAGUGAACAGGAAUUGGGCAGCAGUGAAGAAUCUGGAAAGGACUGGUCAGAUUUAGAACGAGAAGCUGCAGAGGAUGACAAGAAACGUAAUGACUUCAGAGAUGAGUAUACCACUAGCACUAGCAAGAAGUCAAAACCAGGUGAUCGUCAUCAGCCUCACAGUUCCCCAAGCAAAAAGGACAAACAUAAAUCACCCAGUAAAGAUAGGAAGCGUGAGAGAAGCAGGGACAAGCACCAGGAUUCAAAGCAGCGAAAGGACCAUAAGUCCCCCGGAAAGAAAAGCCAUCAUCAUAAAUCUCCCAAGAAGGAAGAUCGAAAGCCUCAAUCAUCUGAUUCCUCCCGAAAGAGACACAGGGAUGAGAGUGGACAUCGACCGGGGAGGAGCCCCAAGAAGGCAAGAAAAUAG